UUGCGAGGAUAUUCGUCCAAUCUAGCUUGUACAAAUCUCGGAAUUGACGGUCGUGCGUACGCCAUGCCGGACGGUCGGAUUUGGACGCAUCUGGGCCGUCGGGUUUGAGCGCAUCCACGAAGCGAAGCAUUGCAUCUCUCUUCUUUUUUCUCUCUACAGUGAUGUGGCAUUUGUUUUUUCCGCUGGGCGGCUUGUCACGCGUCCCAGGGUUUGAAAGAGCAAGCAAAGAGGGAAAGGGGCCGCCCGGGCUAUGGCGCUAGGGUUCUAGCGCGGGGAUUUCCCACGCCACGGCCGUGGAAUUCGAUCGAUCGAUGCGAUUGUAGGCCGCAUUGGCGGAGGGAGAGCGCGCACCGGAGAGUUUCCUUUCAUGUGUCAAAAAGGCGCGCCUGGAGAGGGAUCCCAAUCUUCGCAGAUCGAUCUGGCGAUGCAGCAGCAUCAUCACCAGAUCAGGGGAAAGGGCCUGGGCAACAAGAUCGAUCCCGCGAAAUUCCUGGCCGGGACGGAUCUCACCGCCCUCCUCACCGACGAAAUUCUCCUCAGCAUCCUCGCCCGGCUGCCCGGAGGAUCGUCGCCGUAUCCCUGCUCGCUCGUCUGCAAGCGCUGGCUCCGGCUCCACGGCCUCCUGCGCCGAUCCCUCAAGCUCCACGAGUGGAGCUACCUCGAGAGCGGGCGACUGAAGGCAAGGUUUCCCAAUCUCACCGACUUGGAUUUGACGCAGGCCAGCGUGCUCGUCCCCAGGAAUUGCUCCGCGGUGCUUCUCACGCACGGCUCCUACACGCUGCCCCUCACGCCCGACGUGGUGGACAUCUUCCCGGUGGAGCGAUGCAUCCAAGAGCACGAGCUCUCCCCCGCCGCCCUGGACAGCGGUCUCAAGAUCCUCGGCGAUAGCUUCUCAGGUUUGCAGCGAUUGUCCCUCAAGGACGUCUACAGGGAGCGAUCCAUCAAGGGUCUUCUUCGCGUCUUCGACGAUUCCCGGGCGGCGGUGGAGGAGAAGAAGCAGCAGCCAAUUGCUGUGGUGACUCUCUCGUCGGAUCGCGCCUCGUCAAAGGUGGUGCCGCUCUCGUCCGAGAGAGCACCAUCGUCCAAAAUGGUGGCGGAGAUCGAGGCCGGGCUUGCGUACGUCGCGCGGAGCUGCCCGAUGCUGCAAGAGCUGGAGCUCCUCCAGUGCACAGACGAGGCCCUCACGGCCAUGUCCGCGUGCCGCCACCUCCAGAUAGUGAGACUUGUCGGCCUCGUCACGGAGCACUACUUGGGCACUUUCACGGACAUCGGCCUCACUGUUCUAGCCAACCGGUUUAGCCGAAUUGUCAAGCUCGAGCUCAUGGGCUGCGAGGCGAGCUACCACGGCAUCGCUGCCAUCGGCCAGUGCUGCUUCAUGCUCGAGGAGCUGACGCUGUCCACCAAAGGAUUCCAGAGAGGCUGGAUCGCUGCCUUGUCGAAAUGUUCGUGUUUGAAGAAGCUAUGCCUGGUGAGUUGCCGGAACAUCGACGUAGACCCGGGGCCUCCGGAGUACCUCGGCCACUGCUCGGCGCUGGACUGUCUCAAGCUCGCAAAGUGUGAUCUUCGCGAUCGGCUGGGCUUCGCGGCGCUGCUGAGCGUGUGUAGAAACGUGAGGGAGCUCGAGUUUAACGAUUGCUGGGGGCUGGAAGACGAGACCUUUAGCAUGGCGAGCAAAUGCAGGAGGACUCGGCUUCUCUCGCUCGAGGGAUGCUCGCUUCUGACCACCAGCGGGUUGGAGGCGGCGGUGAUGGCUUGGAAAGAUCUCCAGCGGCUGCGAGUGACGUUCUGCGACAACAUCCGGGACUCGGAGGUGAGCCCAGCUCUCGCGAAUUGCUUUGCUUCGCUGAAGGAGUUUAAGUGGCGGCCUGAUACGAGAUCUCUCCUCGCUGCCAGCCUCGCUGGGACGGGAGUUGGACAGAAAGGCGGGCGGUUUUUCAAAGUCUAGAGCGAAAGAAAGAAGUGUUACUUUGAGCGCCGAAAAAAAAAAUCAAAAAAGAUUUUUAGAAGGUUAGAAGUA